AUGCUGGCUGCCAUGCCUCCUGGGUCGCUGCCAGCUCCUCCCGAGAUGCUGAUGCAGAUGUUUGACAACAUGCCCGCGGGCGCCAAGGCCGAGCUCAUGGCGGCGGCGUUCUCCGGCACUCCUCCCGCAGCCGCGGCCGCUGCGGCGGCCUCGCCCGCCGGCCGGCGGGCCGGCCCGGCGGGCCCCGCGGAGCAGCAGGAGGCCUGGGAGGCGGCGCUUCGGUCCUGCUGCGCGCGCCCCGUUGUCGAGCAGUUCCAGUUGCUGCAGGGGGAGUCGCGCAGGCUGAUGUUGAGUGCGUUGCAGGCCGCGGCGGAGGGCCACCACCAGGAGAUCGUGCAGAGCGAGCUGAUGCGCUUCGUGGAAGACAAGAACCCAGGCAUGAGCAGCAUGAGCGAUUUGGAAGCUCGUCGCUUCAAUUUUGACGGCAUCAUGGAUGCAUUCGAUCGGGAGCAGCAGUCAGCAAGCGCGUCGGAUCCUUUGGUGCGUGCGAUCUCGUUAUCGAGGACGCCUACGCUUCCUUCUCCGAGCGGUGUCCAACAAAUGCGUCGAUUUCUUUCCAAUUGGGGUUUGAAAAAGCCGAAGGAGAUUCGCUUGAUGAUCCACAACGCCGCGUACGAGCAAGACUUUCGGCGGUUUGCAGGCCGUUCCCGGUCUGAUGCGCAAGAGGUCGGCGUCUUCACUAGCAACAGCACGGUUGUCAAACCCGGGUCAGCAAAAUCACUCGCUGAUUGGGCCGCCUUGGCGCCCAUCAGUAUUGAAGCUUUGAAGCUAUUCGAGGUUGCAAAGGGGCGAUGCCUUCAAGGAGUGUUGGUCGUGGAUCCUAUUGCGUCAGUGGGCGUGACCACUUUUCUGGAAGAUUCUGCAGGUUCAGUGAUCCAGCUCGGACUUUACAAUCAGCUUCCUGGGGCGCCCACAGGAGGACAAGUGUUCCGCCUUGCGCAGACUAUUUUCCCAAAGGGAACUCGCAUCCGGAUUGCGGAGCCCUUCCUCAAGAUCUUCCGGGAUGGCAAUCAAGGCGUGAGAGUUGACGAUCCAGGUGAUUUGAUAGUGGAUGGUGGCGCCGCUUGUGGAACAGGAUCGGCGAAGGCAGCCAGAGAGCGGGGCAACGAUUUUGUCAAGGGUGGUGAGUUCCAUGCUGCAGCAGCUGAGUAUUGGCGGGGCUUGCGCAGCACUGAAGUUAAAACAGGUGUAGCACAGCUCCUUUCGAACAGGGCUCAGUCUUUCCUGAAAUUGGAGUUGUGGAACGCAGCUCUUUCUGAUGCGGCGGCUGCAGCGCUGCUGGCACCAAAGUCGACAAAAGCUUGGCUGCGCUAUGCUUCGGCCUUGGAGGGCUUGGGCCACUACGAGCUCGCGGAGCGUGCACGCUCGGUGCUGACGCCAGCCUCAGGUAGCGAAGUUCAAGCGAGUGCGCCGCUAUACCACACAGUGGUCCAGGAAUCACUGCGUGCCGUGCUCGGUCCUGAUGUGUCGGUAGAGCGCCCCGCGGUCACAUCAGAGUCGGCAGAUUUGUUGCGCAGUCGUGGGAACGAUGCAUAUAAAGACGGCGAUUUCAACAAGGCCGCGGGCUUGUACUCAUCCGCCCUGGCCGCCAGUGAUCUGGCCGGGGAGGCAGCCGUGCUUCUUGGAAACAUUUCGCAAUGUGGGCUUCAAUCAAACAUGUUGUAUGAUUCCGUCGCAGCGGCUGUUGCCAGCUUGCAGCUCAGACCUGGCGCAGCAAAGCAGGUCUACCGUUUAGCUAAAGCUCUGUCGAUCCUUGGAGCCCUGUCCCUUGCCCACGACAUCCUGUCAAUGGCGGAUCCGAGUCUUGGAAACGCCUGCGGCGGGCUGCGUUCCGACGUAGAAGCGCUGAUCGAAUGGCAGGAGAGAGGUUCUACCAUGGUGGUCGACGUCAAUGCUCUGCGCCUUCUCGAUGUGCCCCCUCCAGACUGGAUCAACCAGGACCUGGUGAAGCUGGCUAUGACUGGAACAAAGGGUCGCGGUGUUGUCGCUUGCAAAGAUGUCGAGCCUGGCCAGAUUAUCAUGAUACAGCGCCCGCGCAUUCAGGCGGAACACGGUUCCGUCGAGGAGACGCGCGAACUCGUCACCAACAUGAACAGUACGACCCGAUUGAUGGACGACGCAAGCCAAGUCAAGCUUCGGGCUCUUGCAACGAGCUCUCUGAAGUGCGAUGCUGCUCUUGCCAGGCUGCUCGCUUUUAUGUCUGAUGGCAGCGGGCCUUCCCGUGCAGAAAUGCCUUCAUGGGAUGACCUGAUGUACUGCGCAGAAUGCAGCGUACUUCCGCUUCUAUCGCAGCAUCCAGAUUACACCCCCCAGCGAGAACGUGACGACUUCGUCACCAGCAGUACCACAGUUUCCAAAAUCUUGAGCACAAAUUGCCAUGGCUCAACAGCAGACGACAUCAAGAGAUUGAAGGACAUCAUGCCGUCGGGCAAGGGACUCGGCAAGAUAUUUCUUGGGACAAGCACCAACUUGUACCCAGCUAUUUCGAUGCUGAACCAUGCCGCCAAAUCAAAUUGCUGCAUGCUGCCGCAUGUACAGAAGGGCAAGGCCGUUGCGGCCGUUCUGGUUGCGGUGGCUCCCAUUCGCGAGUCCGAGGAGUUAACGAUCACAUAUGAUUACGAUGAAGAUACGGUCGAACGUCACUGGGGCAUCCGGAGCGACUGA